GCAACCACUGAAACGUAGCCUUCUGGACGACUUCAACUCUGGCGAAUCAUCGUGAAGCUGUCCAGCAGCUGCAUUGUAGCUACAGCUGUUUCUCGCCGCUAUGCGACUCGCUUCCCGACUUCCAAACGCUGUUGUCAUUGAUCUCACCCAUGAACCAAUUAGCCCGGCAUAAUGGCGCUUGAACUGGGUCCUGGCGUACGCUCCGGGUCGCCAGAGAGCUCUGGGCGGGACUCGCCCAUUCCACGACAAUGGAGGAACCAACUCGGCGGAGGAGAUGCCCCGGUUAAGGACAAGGCAUACCGUCGAUAUGCUGCUGGAGUCGACAAGGCGUUGCUCUUAUUCGAAACAGCUCUAGAGGAAUGGGCUGACUAUAUAUCCUUCCUCAACAGGCUCCUUAAGAGCCUGCAAGCUCGACCGCCCGCCAGCACUAUUAUUCCCUCCAAGAUUACCGUCGCGAAACGUUUAUCACAAUGUUUAAACCCGUCUCUACCCUCGGGUGUACACCAGAAGGCGCUCGAAGUUUAUAAUUAUGUAUUUGAAACGAUUGGGAAAGAUGGGCUCUCUCGAGACCUCCCUCUAUACCUUCCUGGAUUGGCACCCACCCUCUCUUUUGCAUCACUCUCCGUCCGGUCUCCAUAUCUCGACCUUCUUGAGCGCCAUUUUACGGGUGUCGAUUCCAGGUCCUUACGUCCAGCUAUGAAAUCAAUAAUAUUGGCACUGCUACCUGGUUUAGAAGAUGAAACUAGCGAGGAUUUUGAUCGAACUAUGCGACUGAUGGGAAGCUUCAAGAAUGCUAUCCGACCAGCAGAUAGCGUCACUCUCACGGAACAACAUGCCACCGGUGACGAUUUCUUUUGGCAAUGCUUCUUUCUGGCCUCUGUUACAAGCCAUGGCCGCCGUGCCGGUGCUCUAGCCUACUUGGUUCGAAAUCUGCCUGUCCUGGGCUCGGACUCAUCUAUCGUUACAUCCAGCGAGAAAAAUGGCCAAAACGAUGCAGACCAAGGCAACUAUAGUAACGAGAUUGUUGCUAUUGUUACCUCUCCAGAACCGGGUUUGCUGGUGAGAUGUUUUGCUAGUGGGCUUUCUGAUGAGCAGCUGUUGAUACAGCGUGGCUUUCUUGAUCUGCUUGUCUCACAUCUCCCACUUAAUUCCAAAGUGUUACAAUCUCUUGUUAAACCUGGUGAUCUGGAACUUCUCUUGAGAGCGGCUGUUGGAGUAGUUACCCGAAGAGAUAUGAGUCUAAAUCGUCGAUUAUGGGCAUGGCUCCUCGGCCCUGAGCCAGCAGGCAACGAAAAUGAACACAACCCAGACUUACAUGGUGGCGCCUCAGAUGGUCAGCAGGCUCUGCUAUCUUCUCGAACAAAUUACUUCGAGCAGUUUGGUCUACAAUCCCUUACAAAAGCUCUUCUUGAAAUGAUCAAAGAUACUUCUCACGGUGGAGUUGCCGAACGAACCCGCCCAUAUAGAAUUUGUCUUUCUUUGAUGGACAAGUUGGAAGUUGGUGGACUGGUGAUACCGGACAUCUUUCUUCCCGUGGUGGAGAGCGUACGGCAGUUUCAGAAUCAAGGCCCGGCCAAGGGAGAGUUUACAGAAGUUCUACGCAGCGCAAGCGUAUUUUUCGAUGGUAUUGAGGGUGGUCUGAUAUACGGCGAACUCGUUGGACUUCUGGAUCAAGCUAUUAGCUCUGGGAAGGCUAACAGUGAAGAUCGAAGCGGCAAACUCUCUUUGGUCAAGUUUAUCAUUGCCCAUUUCAAUGUGCAUGAUGGCGAGAUGAGCACAAUCCAUGCUCCUCUUGCCUGUCUCGCCGCUUUGGCCAUGUUAGAAGAUGCAGCAAGUCGAAAAGAUACCCUUCGUCUGUCGGAUAGCCCUAAUUCAUCUCUUAAAGAGCAAGUCCUCAGCAUUGUCGUUUCUCUCUUGGAACUGGUGCCAAGUUGGGCUUUCGCAGAGCCUACUAAGGGCAAAACCAGCCAAAAGAAAGAUUCUGAUCCCUCUACUUCGCUGUCAGCCAAAGAUUUAUUGAAAAGAAUCCAAGAUUUUUACGUCCAUGGGCAAGGAAAUCCUGAGGCUUCCCCAAUACCUUUCUCUCAAAUAGAAACUGGAGAACUGAUUUUGGCCAAAGCAGUCAAAUAUAUUGUUGAUGACGCGGCCGAACAGGAUUCGCCUUGUUCUUUGAGUUUCCACAUCAAAAUCCUACUCCUCAUUUUGUUGAAAGUUCCCAAAACCUACAGGUUCGAUGAGAAGAUGUUAAUGUCAUCUUUAAAAGCACAACUGACUCAGAAACGACCCUUGAGGUUUUCUGACUUUUCUUCAAUUCUACAUCUCAUCACGCAGCUUCAUUAUGUUGAACGAAUCUCAACUCCGGAGUUGUCUGAGCUUGUACACCCUCUAGUUCGCCAUGCAUGGUCAUAUCUUGCAGCUUCUGAGCCUAAAUAUCACGUGGAAACGGUCCGAUGUCUUUGGCAGCUUCAGGCAGCUAUUUCUUUAUCUCGUCGUGAUGUUGAAGCCGCCCUUGCGAGUAUCAUAGUGAACCAGAGUUCUGGCGAUGGUGCAGAUAUUGGGCGUGCUUUCGGUGUUCUUUGGUCACAUACUAUUCAAGAUACUCAAUCCGAUCGGCGAGGGCCAAAGAUCCCUACAAUUGAAGCAAAAUUGGGCCAAAGAUUAAGUGGGACUGAUCAUUAUGAGAUUAUAUUGACACGACCUUUGUUCCUUGUGCUUGACGGAUUGUUAGAUGACAGGACGCAGUUGUUCAUGACUGUCAAAUCAUGGCUCAGUAACAUGGUUGGCAUUGACAGGUUAUUUCUACUCUUCGUAAUGAAAUUUGGAGAGAUACCCUUUCUUCGCGAAGUUGGAAAAGGCUUUCAAGCUGAGAAGUCUCUACCUAACCGCCUCGCUUUCACCGAAGAUGACGACAUAGAUCUCUGCUUGUACUAUCUACGGACUCUCUAUCACGUCCUAAUUCACUCAGGAGAAACUUCAGGGGCAGUACUUAUAUCUAAGCACCUCUCCUUCAACGAUACGCUGCAGGUGCAAAUUUCCACUGGUGGAGAUGAAGACGACAUUACGUUACAGGAUUAUUUUGUUCGGGUGUGCAUGGCCUGCAUCACUGGCGAUGCAAUUGCGCCUACUAGCGAUGACCUGAGCAACAGAGUCUCCCAGCUGCAUCGUUAUGCACUGACCGUUCUUCACCACUUCCUCACAAGCCAUCACGCCGCUCCUCUAUUCAAUCUGAAUCUUGAUCAUAUUCUCAUUGAUAGACUGUCAAUCUCCAUUGGAAAAACGGAUCCGUAUGUGCAAGUCCUUUUGCUUGACGUCGUCUUUGACGCUCUCAAGUUACAUGAUGCUGUGGCGACAGAGCUUGCUAUAUCUUCAAUUGCCGAAAAGCGACGAUCAAGCGCGGAUCCUCUGCAUGCAACUAGAUUAUCCAUCUCUUCCGGCGACAUGGCGCCCCCUCCUAUGAUAAUGCCACCCCAGCUACUCAAGUGCCUACAGUCAGGUUUAAGCUCAGCAAACAGCCAGUUUGUUUUAGACACUUGGGUCUCAUUUUUAAGCAGAUGUCUGCCUUUUUAUUCCCAGUCCAUCUUUCAGAUUUUGAUACCCCUUGUCGAAACCCUAUGCAAACAAAUAGGCGCUACCUUCUCUCAUUUGAGAACCUUGUUUGAAGACGAAUCAUAUGAAAUCAAGAGUGAGGCUGGCACACCGGAAUCUACUUUAAUUUACCUUCUCAACGCUCUAGAACAAGUCCUGGCCAAGGCACAUGAUCAAUUGCUGGCUGAAGAAGCUCAAGCGCUGGCUCUGAAAGGCCCCGACCAGCCUCAAUCAAUCUUUGGGAGCAUGGUGUCAGGCGUCUUCCAAUCAGACUCCCCCCAAUCGCGAAGCGCCACGGCAAAUGACCGCUUGACCGUUCAUUUAGCCUUCCAAGAUGCUGUACGAAUGUGCUUUUCAAUCUGGUCUUGGGGACAGGGGGAUGAAACCACUACACAGGACAUCAAUUCAUCAGCGUCCUUCAACUAUACGUCUCUGAGGAUGCGGAAUCGGGCAAGGCGUCUCCUUGAACACCUUUUCACGGCGGAGACUCUCGAAAGUCUCGAGACCGUGAUUGAUGUAUGGAGAAACUCAACGAGCGCUGCAGAGCAUGUCACCGUAUUUAGCUUUUUAGCAGCUUUAGAUGCUGCAAGGCCAAAACACUCGAUGCCGGCCCUUUUCAACUCGAUAUACAGUCGUACGAACCCUGCUGCGUUGGAACCCUCACGGAAAUCAACAAUGACAAUUUCACUUCAGGAUGCCGACUUGGUUGUCUUCUUAGUUGAAUAUGCCAGGUCACUGGAUGACGAUGCCAUGGAUGAAAUAUGGCAAGACUGCAUAACGUUCUUGAAGGACCUCCUGAACAAUCCUUUCCCUCACAGACAAACGCUUCCUAGCCUUCUUGAAUUUGCCGCCAUCUUAGGCGAGAAAGUCGACAACACCAAUUUCGGUGAGCAGCGGAAGAUGCGUAGGGAAUUAGGGGACCUCUUCCUAAGGCUUCUCACUGCUCUCUUCACCACGAGGCCGACUUUUACUGAUUCAAGCAAUUCGAACGGCACGUCAGGAACCAAAGUUGCUAAGGGCGAGCUUGAACGUCGCGGCACAUUUCCCGGUGUCAUUGAAAGAUCUGAUGAUGUUGUGGCCAUUCUCGCUUCCAUCGUUCCAAACCUACCCAAAAUCCUCCUUGAGCCUGAUCGAGUUCUCUCUGCAGCUGCAACGAUAUCUACGAAUGUUAUUGGUCCGACUUUCCGCUCCAAGACAUUCCCAGAUUCGGUUUCCUCGAGCACCCUGAAGCUCUUGCACGAACUUUCAAGGCUACCAAACAACCAGAAAACUUGGAAGAAGGAUGUCAGCGAUGCCUUCAACGAUAGUAAAUUCUUCGCAAUGAACCUCGCUUUGGUUCAGAAUGACUGGCUACCGUUGCUGCGGCAGUGGGCAUUGACGGAUAAGGAUAGAAUCCCAGAAAUAGUUGGCCGCAUCAGCGCACCUACUACUGCGGGAAUAGUAUUCGGGGUGGGCGCCACUUCAGCUCGUUUAGAGGCUGAUCGAAAGACACAGCUUAACUUGCGGAGGAUCGCUACUCUGAUCCUUGCCUCUGCGGAAGAUGCUUUCGUUACGGAUAUCCCUGCCAUCUUUGAUAAGGUGGUUGAGCUUUUCGGGGCCACUUCGACAUCAUCUCCAUCAUCCACAACGCGAGCAGAGGUAUACAUGGUCAUCCGAGCGUUGGUGCUCAAGGUCAGCCCAAUCCAUCUCGCCAGGCUAUGGCCCGUGGUCAAUGCCGAGAUUCACUCGGCCAUUUCGUCCAUCGUGGCCCCGGAUCACAGCACGGCAUCCGAGAUUUAUGUCAAUGCCGCUAUCUUGCAGGCUUGCAAGCUGCUCGACCUGCUCAUCUGCGUUGCGCCGGAUGAUUUCCAACUGCACGAGUGGCUCUUCGUGACAGAUACCAUUGAGGCGGUAUAUAGAUCAUCUACGUACCAGCCCGUCGCUCUGGUCGACGAAAUAUCCGAAGAGCUCGGCGCAACCACCAUUGCGGGCCAUGACGAUGCAACGAUAAUGGCCCAGAUGGCGACUAAUCAAAACGGCCCACGCCGUCUUCCGCUCCUCGGGGCGGGUGGCAUCAGCGACGAUGUUAGGUUUGAGAGAAAGGAUGAGCUGGUUGCCAAAGUUCUUAGGCCAUUCUUUGGGCAGCUCAGCAUUUUCGCCUUUGAAUCGACGUAUGCUAUGGGAGCGCUGGAUAGAGAUGCCUGCGUGGAGGCGCUGUUGAGGGAUGUUUUUGAUGAUCGUAGUAUGGUUAAAGCUUUGUAAAAAUGGGUGAACUUUGUCUUCUUUUUUUUUUUUCCUCCUCCUCCUCCUCCUCUUCUUCUUCCCCUUUUAAUCAUAUGGCUGGGGCCAAACUUGAGUAUGAGAUAAAUUUGUAGAUAGUCUGUAGAUAGAUAGACUUGAAGUCGAGUUUUUAUUUUAUGGGUACGUUGUAUGUUUCACUUUUGUAUCCUUGCUGUAAUAAUUCCAGCACCGCUCCCUCCUAUUCUCUAUUUACACUCUGUCAUUACUACAGAUAUCCAGAUAUCCUAACAGACUGUGCCAAAUCUCCUGGCCCAUUAACGGCUAUUCCACUUUGGCCAAAGCCAUCGAGAGUGCUACCUCCAAUUUUCUACCACUUUCAAAUGAUGAAAAAAAAAAAAAAAAAAAAAAAA